ACUGUGUGCAGUUUACGUUCGAUUUUGCUGUUGUUAGUGUGUUUGUGUUUUUAUCCAAAAGUUGGUCGUGAUUGAAUGAAUAGCACAGUCGCAUUAAAUGCCGAGUAAUGCGUUAAUUCCAAACAUGUAUUCUUUUACGUAUUGGGAGUUGCUCCCACUUAGGUGAAAAUGGUCGAUUGUAACAGAGUACCAUACUCAAACAACAUGAAUAUGGUGUGUCGGCUAUGUCUGUCAGAGGACGGCAAUAAAGUGCCAAUUUUUGAUGAUAACAACAAACAUGCUGUGCCUUUACCGAUUCAGAUCAUGUCAUGUGCACAAAUUCAGGUCUAUGCCAAUGAUGGUCUGCCCUCUCAAGCCUGUGCUAACUGUAUAGAAAAGGUAGAGCAGUGGUUCGAGUUCAAGGGAGUGUGCACCCGCUCUGAUGAGAAAUUACGUCAGUUAAUUGUUAAGAAAGAGAGCUUGCCACAGUGGGAAGACGGAAGAAUGAGCUCAAGCCCAAAGCCAGAAGACACAAGUCAAAAUUCAUCAUUCUGUCAGUAUGAAAAUGGUCAGCCUCAAGAAGUCGAGGUACCAGAGGUGGAAUGUGAUGUUGGAUUUGCCUCUGACCGAUGUGAGGAUUCGGACUCAGAAAACAGUGUUACAAACAAUAAGGAAACUACCAGCACUUCUAGGGAUAGAAGGAAGCUGACAAAGGUGCAGGCUUCUCUGAAAGAUGGGUCACUGCCUUCAUCGGAGAUGUAUUUCUCUUCUUUAGAUGAAGAAAGUGCUUCUGAUGGGGAUGCUGACUGGGAUGAAUUCAAAUGUGAGGUGUGUGACAAGGUUCUUAAGUCAGAUGCUGCUCUUAAAAAGCACAAACUAAAUCAUGCAAGAAAGCGUAAAUUUCCUUGUACUAUCUGUGGUAAAGCAUUUCUGUUUAAAAACCAUCAAGUGCGUCAUGAACGUAAUUUGCAUGGGAAAGACCCAGAUGAUAUUUUUCCUUGUACUGGAUGUGAGAGAAAGUUUACCAGGGAAUUUGAGCUGAAAGCACAUUAUCGCACCCACUCUGAUAAUGUGACAUUUGAAUGUGAAUUUUGUAGCAAAGUUUUGGAAGAUGAACCCAGUCUAUCAGAUCAUAUUAAGUUACAUUUGAGUGACCGACCGCACAUUUGUGAAACAUGUGGAAAAACAUUUGUCCGGAAUAGUCACCUUAAAAAGCAUAUUUGGACUCACAGUAAUGAAAAGAAACCUCAUCGAUGUUCUUAUUGUGGUAAAUCAUUUUUGGACCUGAGCUCUCUCCAGGACCAUCUUACAACUCACACAGGAGAAAAGCCAUAUCUGUGUACGCAUUGUGGUAAAUCUUUUUCUCAAGCACCAGCUUUAAUCAUGCAUGAGAAAAUUCAUGCCACUGGACGCACACACUCUUGUAAAUACUGUCCUAAAAGAUUUACUUCUGCUGUUGAAGUGUCAGAGCACAUGAAGGAUAAUCACUCAGGAGAGAAACCUUUUACAUGUGGCACCUGUGGUAAGACUUUUGCUAUGCAGAUUGUUUAUCUAAAGCAUGUAAAGCGUCAUGAGAGUUUGUUCCUGUGCAAUGUCUGUGGCAAGACCUUCUCAAGCAAGCAAGGUUUGAAAAGGCAUGUUCGCAUUCACACUGGAGAAAAACCAUAUCUUUGUCAAUAUUGUAACACCUAUUUCCGAACCUCUGCACAUCUUGUAGAACAUGUUCGUAUUCACACAGGGGAUCGCCCUUAUGCUUGUGAAACAUGUGGGAAAAGUUUUGCAAGGAGAACCCACCUUCAGCAGCAUGUUCGCUCUCACACUGGUGAAAAACCAUAUGUUUGCAAAUACUGUGGCAAACCCUGGGCUUCUUCCAGCAACUUGGCAGAACAUGUUAGGAUUCACACUGGCGAAAAGCCUUAUAUUUGUCAAAUCUGUGGGCAAGCGUUUGGAAAAAGGUCUGCCUUACAAGAACAUCUGAAGGGACAUUCCUCAUCAGAGGAGAUGGGAGCCAAUACCCCUGGCCCUGCAUCUUCUCCUGGGAGUGUAUCUCUCCCAUUGUCUAGUUCAGGCCAGCUGUCAAUGGCUGAUGAAUCAUGGGCUUCCAGUAAUUUAAUGGAUCAUGUUAGGAGUCACUCUGGCGAUAAACCUUACAUAUGUCAAAUUUGCGGACAAGCAUUUGAAGAGGAAUCUGUCAUGCAAGAUCAUAUGAAAGGACACUCUGAGAAUGCUCAUUCCCCUUGUCCCACCUCACCAUCAGUAGGCAUACCUCUAUCUCUUUCAAGCUCAGGCCAAAUGUCAUUGUCAGUGCCCAAUGUUCUUGCUUCUUGAUUGAACCUUGAUUUGGCUCAGCUGUUGUUUUUCCCACUUUUUUUUUACAGACUAUGCCUACUUGUGACAAGAAUGAGUCUGUCAGUACUACUACCAUUGUAACUUUAUUCUGUUUUGCCUUCUUGAAUUGUACUUGUUCCUGUUUUUUAAUGCCUUUCUUGUAUAGAUACCAAUUUACAAUGUUGUGAGCUUAUAUAACUAGGUUAAAUGAGCAUUGCACUAGACAUUCAAAUGCUAUUGUGAUAUGAAAUGAGAUGACUAUUGGUCCAGUUUCAAUUCUACUUUUUUUAUUGUCAAAGAAAAAUGUGAUGUUGUUCACUGUUGACUCAAGCUGCAGACAUUCUUGGGGUGUCUCGCUCUUGGUAAUUGACACAAUGACUUAAGCAGUGCAACAAUUUUAUUUUCCUUGGACCCUCUGCAUGAUCAGUAACCUUCUUUGUUUGUACCCCGCUGUUCAUGGAAUCUGUUUUUAAUAGUCUAGAAAUUUUCAGAGGCUACCCAAUAUGUUAAUAUUCAUACUUGACUGUGAUGCAUGAGUGUUUUCUCAGGGAAAUAAUUGUAAACAGAGAUAUUUUGAUCUUACAAGAAAUAUAUUGUAAUGAAAAUUAAAAAUAGUGAAAAUGGAAUAACUUUGACCAAUGAGUGUUACAUAGUAAACGAGUUAACAAAUUAA